AUGCGUGAUGACGUCACAUGUAAACAAACCGUUUCAAAUGAUGAAAAUAUGACGAGUAAUUCUUUAAGGAGAAAUCUGCGUCUCAGCCCAAAUGAACUGGAUAAUCUCCUUCGGGAAGAGAAGAAGAAAUGGCAGAUAUUUCGUCUUCAACAGGUCCGUGAACAGGCCAAAGUGGAGGCACAGCGAGUUCGAAAAGCUGUAGUUUGCGAGAAAAUACAGAUAGAGGAUGGUCUCAAGCAGGAGCUCUUGGCAAAAUAUCUUAAUAAUAAGAAUGUAACUGAGAAGAAGUUGCAGGAAGAAUAUCUCAUGUGUUUGCAAGCAUUUGGAGAAGCACACAGAGGAGCAAAGAAUGAGCCCGACCCCAGCAAGGUGCUAGCGGACCGAGCCCAAUACAACAACAUAAAGGCCAACAGAAGAGGUCGUGAGGCAGCAAAAGCAGAAGCCGAACAGCAAGCGCAUCGUAAUCACGAAAAAAAUAGACCCAUCCGCCAACGGCAAGAUGCUCUUCAGCUUGAGAAAGCGCGUGCCCAGCGUGUGGCAAAGCUUCCCAUUCCAGAGGCCUUUAGGAAGAAAAAACCCAUCAUACAAGAAAAAGUAUCAGAGGUACAGCUGUAUGAGGCUGGUACAUAUACCACCACCAAGUAUGUGCCAAAGAAUACCGUCGUGGAAAAAGAAAUAAAAUCAACUCAUCCUAAUGCUCAUGACAUGGCAAGGAAAGAGGCAGAAGAGGUUGCAGCCAAAGCUGAAGCAGAGCUACAAGAAGCCGAGGAAGAGGCCCAGAAGAGAGAGCAGCGCGGGAAAGAGGCACUAGCAAGAGAACGCUUAAACCGCAGGUACAUCGAGUUAAUGGAAAAACUUCAGCAAGCACAGCAGGACCACCAGCUCUCCUCCUACAUGCGGGGAGCCGACCUGACGGUAUGUUGCUCAGAGGUUGAUGUUGAUAGAUUGUUUACUGUCAUUGUGUCAGGUUGA